UGGCUUUACCCAUUUUAGCCACUUUAGAAAACUCAAGAUGAGACUUGUAUGUCAAGUUUCAGCUUGGAGCAAAUUUAAAUUGGCAAAAUUGUAAAAGCCAAAGGAAAAUAGCCACAUCUCUAUAAUGGAAAUAUCAACUCAACCUUAACAGGGUGUGACACAGAUAUAUAUUGAUGGAUUUAAGAUUCAUAUAAGGUCAGACAAGGUUGUAGCUACUCUGAAUUCCAAACGCUUUUUAAAAAAUGGUUUUAAUCUGUUAGAUAGAAGAAUGAUCAGUUCAGCAUAUAGAUUCUUUAGCAGUGUUGAGUUAUGAGUGGAUGAAAAUAUCACGAUAUAUCUUUGAGAUUUAUAUUAUUUGCUCUCUCCUCUUAGGAUCUUAAUAGGCCCAAUGAUGACCAAGUGAUGAGAGAACCCACUGAAGACCUAAGUGCCAUUUUGUGAUUUUUUUAAAAUUAUUAUUGUAUAAAUAAACUGAACACUCAUAAUCUCUUUAGUCUGUAAGUGGCUGUAACAACUAUUAAAAUUAAAGAUGGAAAAAAUGAAACAAUUAAAACGAAAAAGAAAAAGCAAUUUUAGUGUUCAAGAAACUCAAACACUCCUUAAAGAAAUUAGAAAAAGGAAAGAGGUGCUUUUUUCCAAGCAGCUUAACACAACAAUUAAUGAGAUGAAACGAAAAGCUUGGGAGGAAAUAGCAGAGUGUGUGAAUGCUGUAGGUGAAGGAGAGCAAAGAACAGGGACAGAAGUGAAAAGGCGAUACCUUGACUGGAGAGCACUCAUGAAGAGAAAGCGUCUAAAUGCAAACAUCAAGCUAGUAGGUGCUGGGUUCCACCUUCCUUCAUCUGAUUUAGAUGAUUCUGUCAAUGAAGAUAUGGAUGAGAAAAUGGGAUUUACAAAUGAAUCUAGUUUUGAAUGGCUAAAUAUCACAGACUUCAAAGAAGCCAGUGGAUCUUUAACAGAAAUCAAAGUGGAAGAGGAAGAGGAGGAUCCACAGAAUUUUGAAUUUCCUAUUGAGGAAGAAGAAGAAAUUUUGUCAUCAGUUUUGCCAGAUUCCAAAAAGGAAAGUGAUCUACCAGAUUUCACUCACAUUGAAGAAUUUGGAAAUCUGAGCUCUACGCAAGCCCGACUAGCCUAUGAAGACUCUCAUUUGCUCAUAAACCUGGAGAAACAAAAACUAGAGCUGGAGAAACAGCGGCUGGAUAUUGAAGCUGAAAGGCUACAGGUGGAGAAAGAGCGCCUGCAGAUUGAAAAAGAGCGAUUGCGGCAUGUAGGUCUAGAGCAUGAGAGACUUCAACUGGAGAAGGAACGGAUCCAGAUUGAGCGAGAGAAACUGAGGCUAGAGACUCUGCGUGCUGAAAAACCUCCUGUGGAAAAUGACAUCAGCCAGGUGGAGAAACCAAUUUUACAGCCUCUGGAUCUAGAAACUGAAAAAUUAAAACUUGAAAAGGAACGUUUGCAGUUAGAGAAAGAGAGGCUGCAGUUUUUAAAAUAUGAAUCUGAAAAGCUGCAGAUUGAGAAGGAACGUUUACAAGUGGAGAAAGAACGCCUUCGAAUUCAGCGAGAGGGUCACUUGCAGUGAAUUUUUUUGACUAAGGUAUAAUAAAUACAGUGUUUUGAUGUAAGUAGUUUUUAAUACAGAAACUGUCCUAGAGGUUUAACUGUCUUCUGUCCAAAGUUUAAUGUUGAUGUUAAAUUUAAAAAAAAUUAAAAAUGAAAAGGAAUGGUGCUUGGUAAAUCAGUGUGCCUACAUAAAUGGAACUUACGUACUUGUGAAACUGCUUUUCAGUGUAGAAGAAGCAAGUGUUACAUUUCUCUUGGUAUUGUAUAGUUUGGUGUCCCAUUAAGGAUCAAGACUUAGAUGUGUCUUUCUGCUGUUAUAACAGUGCUACCUUUAAAAAUAUACAUACUAUCAAAACAAAUCUGCACAUAUCAUGAGGGAAUGGUGUUGACGCUAGCCCAAACAUCAAAUAUUGCUUUUUUUACACAAAUAAAGCUACAUGAGGUAAUUAUAUUUAAUUUCAUUUUCUUUACUUAAAAAAAGUUUUUCAAAAUUCAAGGAGUUUUGAGAAUUAGUGAAGUGAAAGUUAAUUUCAAUACAAAUGUAGGUUUAUUAUUCUGCUGCCUAGUAGCCAGAAAGAAUAAAAGAGAAGGUAGUACUGUGUGCUUGGGGUCAAUAUAUUAGACCAGUAUUUCCCAAUCUUUGAGAUAUGGACCCCCUUUUCAAUCUAUUAAAAAUUCAUGGACCACUCCCUCCAUGGGGGAGAAAAGAAAAGUAAUUUUUAAUCUUUCCAUGGACCCCCUGUAGUACUGUCAUGGACCACCAGGGGUCCACAGACCACCAGUUGGGAACCACUGUAUUAGACAAAGUCAAAUAGGGUUGCCAGAUGGUUUCACAAAAAAUACCGAACCAGCCAGCAUGAGCUGCACAUGUUCCAAGCAGCCUUCUGUAGGGCGAGCACAUUUAGAUGUCUGUUUUUUUCUGAAUUUGUUUUACUAGAUGGAAGGCGCAAAUACCGGGCUGUCCGGUUCAAUACCGGACGCCUGGCAACCCUAAAGUCAAAUAGGAACUGUAUCUGAAUUAAAAAAAAUGGACUGAUGGCUGGGUAAGAUUUAACAACACUAUGCAGAGGUUUCUACUUCCAGAUUACCAAUAUGAAUCUAAUGAACGCUCCUAGUGGCAGAAAAUAAUUAUCCAUGUGAUUGCUGUGAGGUGACCUCUGUGGAAUAAUUUAAUAGAUCUAGUCCAUUUCUUAGCUCACUGUUAUGCAGCCUGCUAAAGAACAGACCACAAUUAGCUCACUUAUUGGUAAUCUCAGGAGCAAGGUCAGUGACUGCUGUUGUGAUAGUUGAGCCAACAAAUGUACCUGAAUAAUGAGCUCAACUUCAACUGUAAAAGUAUAUAAAAAUUCACAAUGUGUUACAAUAUCUGUAAUGUUGAUGGGAAUAGUGCAUAAAAGGGAGACAAUUAAAUUAAUAAAAAUUAAAAGCCACAUUGAUAUGAUUCAAGGACUGUUGAAAUUUAUGUAUAUUAAAAAUAGGAGAUAUGGAGCCAGAAGUUAAAGAUCUGAAAUUUGUAUAUCAGAUAUUAGGUCUGAUUGUUGGACAAAAUAAAGGAAUGGGCAGUUCCUUCCAUCACUCCUUUGAGGGGAGGGGGAGUCCUUAAAGAGAUUUGAGUAAGGAAAGUAAGAAAAUAAUAAAAAGAAUAGAUGGAAGGAACAGACAGCUAGUACUGGAGUGAACUUCACAAUCUUGGCUGCCACAUUCCCAUAAUUUUCUGGAACCCCAAGCCUUCAUCAUUCUGAGCCUGAGAGAUGUUCUGGCCAGAGAAACAGAAGGAUCCAGAUGCCAUUGCUACCCCUACUGGCUCCAGCUGCGUGUGCUGGAUAUGAUCUGGGAUGACAGUUAUUAUCAUCUUGAAAAGAGACUGUCAAACAAAGGAGCUUGCCCUUCUAUGAUUGGACUGUAACAACCACAGAAGCAAGGACAUCUCCAGCCCAUCUCAACAAACUACUUCUCUUUUCCCCAACAGGAUUAUUACCCCCUUUGUUAUCAUUGAGGGUUUAACCUUUUGAAAACUCUCUCUAGCUAAAGGGAAAGGGAUCAAGGAAUGACUGCUUUAAAGUGUAAAGUAUUCAAUAAAGCUUUCCUUUUAAAACACUA